AUGUCUGGAUUUCGCUGUUUUUUGCUUCGGUUGCUAUUAUGGUACGCAAUACUACUGACAGAGGGUUACCGGUUAAAUGUACCACGGGUGCUGUUGCCUUAUCAUCCCAAUGUCCAAGUGACCUUUGAUCUAGUCGUCAGUGAUCCGGCUAAUGGAUGCUUUACAUGGCGUUCAACUCGACCGGAUACUGUAUCAGUAAAAGUAGUGAAUCCAAUAGGAACGAAAGGAUGUUCAGCAAAAGCUCAAAUUACAGCAACUUCGAAGUAUGCUGAGGAGCAGAUGGCGGUUGUUUUUGCUGAAGAUAAAGAUGCUGGUGUAGUUUUGAGCUGUGGUGUGACAGUUGACGUUAUACGAAGCAUAUCAGUUGCAACUACUACGAAAGUCCUGUUUCUGGAUGCAUCACCAGCAAAAAUUGUUGUGCAAGCAUACAAUGCUGAAGGUGAUAUGUUCACUAGUCUCGGAAAGAUUCCGUUUGAAUGGCAUCUGGAGUCAUCAUCUUUAUCCGAGAAACCUCUCCGAAUUGUACCCUUUUCGCAGUCAAAAUAUGAAGCGCCUGAUGGCGUGCGUUUGCUGGAAGAAAAUAAAAAACGCGGCCAUGUGAUAUUAGUUGAGGGUAUAUCUACGGGUGCUGCUAUUUUGAAAGUGAAGCUAGUUGAACCGCAUUUUAAGGAUGUGGAGCCUCAAAACGUGGAUUUCAUAGUAGUUGCGAAUCUUUUGCUAAUACCUUCUCAAGAUAUAUUUCUUCCGCUUGGAUCACGUGUACACUACACUGCAGAAAUAAUUAAACAGAGCGGUACAGAAGCAAUACAAUUACCAUCAAGACAAUAUCAAUUAUCGGUCAAGGAUGUAGAAAUUUGUUCGUUAAAUCCAUCAUCGUCUAUGGUCACAGCCGUAAGUUACGGAACGACCGAAAUAUUGUUGAUUGACGAAAACGUGAAAUCAUUAAAUGCCCUAAAACCUCCAUCUGCUCGGAUUCAUGUUGUUGAACCAUCUAGUUUAUAUAUCAGAAUUAGCGGCGAUUUAUGGUACCUGGAGAUAGGACACGAAUAUGAUAUUUCUUUUGUUGUGACUGAUGCUGAUAGUAAUACCAUAUAUAUCCCGGAGAAUGCAGUUUUCGAAAGUGUUAUACCUGACGAGUACUUCAAAGUGAUCAGUAAAUCACGCAAUGGAUCGUAUUUUAAUGUGAAAGCUAUAAAGAGUGGAACUACGAAACUGCGAGCAGCAUUCAUAUCGGUUAUGAGUUCGGAAGGAGAGUUAAGGAUGUCGUCAUCGGUAAAGAAUGAAAUAACUGCAGUGAUAUCAAAGCCGAUUGAAGUGAUACCGCCAUACGUUGCCUUUCCAUACAUCGAUGCCAAAAGGAUCCAUUCUAAGAAACUUUUGGCACGAGGUGGUACAGGAUCGUUUACAUGGUCAAGUAUGAAUCCAGAUGUCGCUUCAGUAGAUUCGAGUGGGAUUCUGCUGACUGGGAAUCUCGGUAGGACUGAGGUAAUUGCACAGGAUGCACAGAAUAGUGCUCAUUUUGGAAGCGCAGUUGUUCAGGUUUUACAACCAACCGGAGUUGCUUUCGGCAAAUCACAUUUGGAAGCUGAGGUUGGUAGUGACUUAAUCUUGUAUAUUUCUCUUUACGCCAGUUCAGGAGGUAGAAAAGUAACUAUAUCCGAUUGUCGUCGUGUUGAUUUAUCGAUGAGUAUAAAGGACAGUGACAUUUUUCGAGUGGCAUCAAAUGAUUGUGGAAGAACACCUUUACACGAUGAUGGUUGCUGUGGCUUUGUACUUACUGCUAUUGCUUCUGGUGAUACCAUUGCAACUGUUCAUUUUGGUAAUAUGUCUUCAUCGAUUCAGAUUUCCGCUUAUCUACCAUUAAAGCUGGAAACACCUGCAGAAGUAUUUGCUAUGCUCGGUAGUAACUUCUUUAUCCGUACAUCUGGUGGCCCGAGGCCGUGGAUUCUAGAUCCAUCGAAAUAUUAUUCAAAAUUGAUCUACAGUGACACAUCAAAUUUAAUCAGUAAUAGUGACUUUUCUUCUCAGGAUGGACAAACUAUUGUCACGUGUAAGGAUAAUAAGGGAGAUGUGCUUAUCGUGGUUGUUGUUGGUAAUGAAGCUUCUUUUACAAAUCCACUACCUGCUAAGUCUCAAACAAAAUUAAGAGUAUGCUGUGCUGUGCCCACACGGCUAUCGUUAUCCUUGUUAAGGCCUCAUCGGAGUAAAUGUCCGACAAACGUGCGUGCUGCUAGCUGCAGUGAACCAUCUACGUUAGCAGUAUCGGCUUUUGGACAUUGUGAAUCAGGACCAUCUAUGGGGUUGGAGAAGCAACUUGAUUCUUUGACUUCUCUCAAAGUGAAUUGGGAAGUAAGUGAUAAAAGUGUAGCUUAUGUGGAAGAAGAUAAAGGAAGCGAACUAAGCGAAGUACGCGGCAUUCUGAAACCACGGGAAAUUGUUGGUACAUUAGAAAUAAUCGCAUGGACGCGAGGAUAUAAGAUCGGAAAUCGACAGCUUCGUUUACCACAAGAGUUGCGAAGUAAAAUGCAGGCAGAUUUGGUCCAAAAUGCGGAAGCGGUGCCGUCUGUGGUCGUAUUGUUAAACGAGAAGAGUGCUUCAAAAACUAUUCGACUGGAACGUGGUUCAGGACAUUUUGCUUUGGUAGCUUAUGAUUCCAACGUACUGGCCGCUGAGAUGUCUAGUGGGAUCACGCAGGUGUAUCCAUUGUCUGUUGGUAAAUCGAAGCUUCAAUUUUUGGACCUAUGUCUCAACCAAAAUAUCACAGCUGCGGUUUCGGUCACAGAUGUGGAAGAAAUUUUGAUCGAAGCACCUGCAUUUACAGCGCUGAACACCGAACAAGAACUGCAGCUUAAAAUUCGUGAUAUGGAAGGCCUCUUCUUCGUAACGGAUGAUGCUAAUAUCAUGAAUGUGCAGCUGAAUGCAUCAUCCAAUAUUUUAGUAAUAACCAGAAUUGAUGCUCUACAUUACGUCUUGCGAGGUAAUGCUAUUGGUAUUGUAACACUUCGCGCAUCCGCACGGCGCGCCAAUGGACGAAUAUUGCAAAGUCAGUCUCAUAGCAUUCAAGUUUAUGCACCGUUGCAAUUGCAACCGAAACUGAUAACUCUUAUUCCUGAUUCUGUUUUCCAGUUAGAAAUAUCUGGUGGACCUCAACCGUUACCACCUGUGCAGUAUCAUCUCAAUGACACUUCAGUAGCUGUUGUGGGAUCAGAUGGACUGAUAACAAGCAAAGCAGUUGGUUAUACGAAAAUUACAGCCACUAUGAAUCUAGAAAACAACGCUCCAUCUAUUGAAGAUCAAGUUGUUGUCAAAACAGUGUUACUUACCGGCGUCCAUAUACACCUCUCUACAUCACGAUUACAAGUCGGUCAAAGAGGAUGGGCUCGCGUUGAUGGUCUUAAUGAAAAUGAAACACCGUUUUCAUUCGGUGGAGCACUAUAUCCAUUAAAGAUCUCCUGGAGAAUUGCCACACCAGGCAUCAUCGAAACAAUAUCGCCAAUUGAUGCUUUCGUAGCUGAAUCAUCGGAAAAUCGAUUUCAAAUAGAACUAGAAGCAUUGGCAGUUGGACAAGCGGUAAUUCACGUAUUAGUGACCGCUUCUGAAAAUUCAAAGGCAUUCUUCGAGAAAGUCAAACAUUAUGAAGAUCAGUUAAUAGUGACAGUCAUUGAACCGUUACAGUUAAUGAUUCCAGCACGGUAUCCCCACGCUUUGCGUCUCUCUCCAGAUGCAGAACUUGAUUUGAAAAGUAACAGGAAAGAUAGCUCAGUACAAUUUAUGGUACCACCUGAACUUUCCACUUAUAUAUCAGUUAUCGGUGACAGCAACAAUACACUGCUAGCUCACACUGUUGGUGAUGCUGCUUUGGUUCUGAAGGAAACAAAAUAUCCUCAUAAAGAACUGAUAUAUUUACCAGUAUCCAUUACUCCUGUCGUAUCCCUCCAUCUGAAGAUGCGAUGUUCUGAAGUGCUGGAGAAGCCGUUAACAGUUUUUCCUCUCGGUUACCGCCUCCAUGUCGAUGUUGAAUCACGAGAUCACUUCGGCCGUCUGUUCGAUGCUGCAAAGCAUUCGCUAAAUUACAGACCUCAUCGUUUUGAUUUGACCGAAAUUCAUCCUGGAAACGCUAACAGUUCAUUCGAUAUUCAUCUAAAGGAUUUUGGCGAAACAGUUUUUAAGGUAUGGGACAGAAAUAAUCCGGACCUAAACGUAUUCCUGCGUCUUCGGGUGGGUGAUGUAAUUAGGCCAUCAAUACAAUCUGUGGUCGUUUCCGAAAUCAUUUGUUUCAAUUCACCGCUACCUGUAUCUGGAUGGAAGGAAUUAGAUGGAAAGCGACAUUUUCAAUUCAUUGAUGAAAAAAAUGGCAUUGCUGUAGCAGCGGAUACGGGUAACACUGUGGUUGCUUCAUAUGAUUUCCACAAACAAACCAUCUUUACCAAGCGCAAAGUUGUUCCUGCAAAGUCGCUCCGUUUUUUAUCAGGUCCACAAUUUGUUUCGAACAUAAGAAAUCAUCAAUAUCUGUUUCCAGUAAUCGUUGACAGCAUUGAACAGAACCCAUCUAAUACUUAUGAUUGUGGGCCUGUGCUAUUGGAGAAACUGAUUUUGGAUGCACCUUUUGAUUGUACUGUUGCUUUCGUGGACAAAGUGAAUGUAUUGGCAACAAGCUUAUUUGCUGCACGUUCAGCAUUUCUUCCUACGUUAGGUAAAUAUGGCUGUAUCCUAGUGGAGCAAACAUUCGAGGGACCAGUUUCUUUGAUCGAUUAUCAAAAUCUUGAUUUAAAUAUCUCCGCUCUUUGGAAUCGUGCUGGCAAGGUAAAGGAGGCAAGCGUAAUAGUUACUUUUUACUCACGUUUUGAAAUUGUGCAACGUGAGAUACGUUUAAACAACGUAAACGCACUUGAAGCCGACCUAGUUAUACAGUCAUCCACAUCUGCUGCUAGCAAGAUAUCAGUUGAAGCUGAUGGCGGUGGUGUUUUACGUAUAAGAAAAAUUAAAUCGACAUCACUCACUGAAUUACGGUAUCGUGUUGAGUUGAACAUGAAUUCAGUGCUUUUGUGGCAGGAAUUGUUAGAUAAAUGCAAUAUUACGGUCAAAAGUGCAAUCACGGGGCAGUUUGAGGUAGUACCGGUAACUAUCAUUCUUCAUGGAGAUACUUCAAAAACUGUUUUACGUGCUUCUGAUCAUCUGAUGGGUCUCUUGCGUUCAUUCCUGGAAUCAGCAAUUGUUCAAGUAUGUGCGUCGCUUCUUACUGCCGGAUUUCUUAUCGUCCUGAUAGCGUACUGUAGAGGAUUUAGCUUUCCAUCCUACUUAUUUAGCUCUUUUUCUACUUCUGAUUCUACUAUACAUGGAUCGUUUGCCUGUGAUUAUCCAGAGCGAUAUCCGCCGAUAGCUUAUAAUAGCGGAAAAAGUUUCUUGGGUUCACCUGACAUGUCACUGUUAUCCAAUCGAUCUAAUCGUUCAGCUGGAAGUCCAGGAGAACCGAUUCUAUGGAGUGUUCCGGAUCGAUCGCUAACGUCACCACAUUUACGGAAGAGACAGUGGUCAUGAGCAUUUGUAAUGCUAUCUUUGCGUAACACUUUAUUAUGAAAUUAAUUUUGAAAUGAAUAGAAACUUUAUGGGUGACUAUUUAGCUUACUAGUUCUUAUUGUUUGGUUUGCAAUUCACUUUCUCUAAUGUUCCAUUAUUGCUGAUUGUUGGUUGUUACUGUUUAUGAAAUUAAAUGCGUAUUAUUUG